UCCCUUCCUCAGCUACUCCCCUUUGUCUCCCUUCCCUUCUCCAUUCUCCAUCCAUUAUUUGCCUCACAUCGAUCAUCACUCUUUUUGCACUCUCUUCACCAUAAUGAAGAAUGACUUCACUAAUACUAUCACAACCUUCCUUCACCUUCAACAAAAACAAAACCCUAUUUCCAUUCUCAACUACCAAUAUCUCACUUCCAUCAAAACCCUAACGCCUCAUAUCACAUGUCUUGCAGUCCACCGUAACCUUCUAUACGCUGCAUCUCUCAACCUCAUCAACGUCUUUGAUCUCUCCUCUCAUCAUACUCUCAUUGACACCUUCAACGAAACCUCCACUUCAGGUUUUGUCAAGUCCAUCACCUUCAGUGGUUCAAGAGUCUUCACUGCCCACCAAGACUGCAAAGUUCGUGUCUGGCUUAUCACAUCUUCAAAAACACACCGUCUUCUCUCCUCACUUCCCACCGUUAAAGACCGGUUGCGACGCUGCAUAGUGCCAAAAAACUACGUCAGUGUUCGACGUCACCGGAAGAGCCUUUGGAUCCAACAUAAUGAUACAGUUUCUGGUUUAGCAGUAAACAAGAAAGAGAAACUCAUGUACUCAGUUUCAUGGGAUAAAACUUUCAAGAUUUGGGACUUGUCUUCAGGUAAUAACUGGUGUUUGGAGUCUUUUAACGCUCAUGAAGACGCUAUUAACGCUGUUGUUGUUUCUGAUGACGGUGUUGUUUAUACUGCAUCAGCUGAUGGGUGCAUCAAGGUUUGGAAGAUGAUGGAUGAUCAGGUGAAACGCUACACGUUGGUGAGUAUGGUGGGGAAGCAGAAACCAGCCGUUAAUGCGUUGGCAUUGAACAGUGAUGGAACGGUGUUGUUUUCAGGUGGGAGUGACGGGACGAUUUGUCAGUGGCAGGAUAAACAAAACGACAUCGUGUUGAAGGAAAAGUUGAGGGGUCAUAGUGGGGCAAUACUUUGUUUAGUCAACGUUGAUGAUUUGUUGGCGAGUGGGUCAGCUGAUCUAACGGUGAGGAUUUGGCAGAGGGAGAAGGGAGGUAGUAGCUAUUGUUGUAGAGGAGUGUUGGAAGGACAUGAAAAACCGGUAAAGUCGUUGGUGGCAAUUUCCGGUGGAGGUGAAGAUGAUGAUGAGGUUGUUACGUUGUUUAGUGGAAGUCUUGAUGGUGAUAUUAGAGUUUGGGAAGUGUUUGGUUUGGUUUAAAACUUAAUUGAUUCUGCUUAAUGCAAACCAUGUCCACUCUACCCGUUUGAAUUUUUUAAACUUGGUGUUAAUUAAUUAACCAGAUAAGUUGAAAUUCUGACACUUACGUCGUGGGAGUUUACAAGGAAACCGGACGUGCCAAACAGAGCUGCAGAUUCAAGUUAAUGCAGGCUUAUAUAUAACAUAUGAUAUAUCUAUGCUUCAGCUUUUUGUAAGAGCAUAAAAUCCCGUUUCAAAGCUGAUUAGUACUAAGCCUUUGCUUGCUCUUGAUCACUAGAAUUGUAGUCGUGAUAAGCAAAACUGUAACUAAAAUAAUAACUUAUAAAUAUAAGUAAAUAUUUUUGUGUUAUCCCAA